AAUUUAAUUACCUGAUCCCUUCAAUGGAUUCACUAGACUCUAGUAUCAUUAUAGCUGGACAGAAGCUCUUUAUCCUACAAGGAGACAGGUCUCACUCACUCCAGUGGGAGAAAUAUGGAUUCAGAUUAGAGUGUCCUCAAGGAGCAGUGACCAAGGAUACUGAAGUAGCUGUUACUGCACUAGCUGGUGGUAAUUUCAAGGUACCCAACAGUACUGUGCUAGUGAGUGCAGUAUAUGCAAUAUCAGUAUCUAAGGGACUAUUAAAACCACUGGUAAUAGAGCUACAACAUUGUGUGGAUCUAAGGAAGACUAGUCAGACUGGUUGCCUCAAGUUUGUGAGAGCUCCACUGAAGUCUCCCAAUGCUUACCAGUUCAGUAUAGUUGAAGGAGGAUCUUUUAGUGUAGGGAACAGAUAUGGUUCUAUUGAACGUGAUGAAUUCUGUGCUCUUGGUAUUGGACAUGUUGGUAAUGGAGACACACCUAAUGGAGGUGGGAAUGGAUCAGAGAAUGAUACACAAACUCAAGGAACAAAUAAUGAUUGUGAGGAGGAGACUAAUGGAGACACACCUAAUGAUAGCAGUAAUGGAGCAAGAGAGAAUAGUAGUGGAGGAGGAGCCACUCCACCAACAAGUACUACACCACCUCAUGACUCAAUUAAUGAUGAUCCUUCUCAGUUAGUCCGUGAGGUAGAAUCCCAUACUACUGAUGAACCAACAAUGCAACAGUCAGAUCAUGUACUAAGUGAUUCUGAUGAAACUACAGCUACUGUAUCCAUUGAACAGUGUCCAGCAAGGAAUGAUGAUGAAUCAUCUACUGAUCAUUCCACUACACAUUCAGCAGCUUCUCGUGAUACAUUGUAUUCUGGAAUGAUGUACUAUGAUAAGAAAGAAGCUGGUCAUUGGAAGGCUAUGUAUUCUGUUGUUAGAGAUUUGGAAGUUCUUAAAACGUAUUUUGAAAGCAAGCAGGGAUCAGGUAUUGAAUAUGAUAAUGUUGUUGACUCAUUUAAGUUUAUUGAACCAAAUGGAACUCUUAAAUUGACUCUACACACUGUACAGGAGGUUGGAUGGACUGUUAAUCCUGAUAGAAAACCAAUGAAAUUGCUUCAGUCAAGAGUUGACCUGUUCCCGUUAAAUCCCUCUUAUGCAACUUGUAGCGUGUCAGUGUAUGCUGAAAUUGGUGUUGCUAAAAAGCCACUUCAUUGCCCCAUUGAAUUAACUGGAAUAGAUCCUGAUAUUACAAUUUGCAUUAACAGAUCCCCACCUCCUUCAUUGUCAAUGAGAGACAGUACUAUCUCAAGCUCCUCUACUGCUAGUAUCAGUCAAACCAGGAGAGAGACUGAAGAAGGUACAUUUAGAUCUGAUAUUGCUCAUAGAGUAAUGACAGAAUGUACUUCACUAGUAAAGGAUUGUGGGAUUGAUAUUCAUUUCUUAGUUGAUAAGUUGUUGGAACACAAAAUUGUAAACGCAAGAGAGAAAAGACGAAUAAUUGCUCAAGAAAGUGACGAUGAACGAAUGGAUGAAUUGCUUCACAUCAUUUUGAGUUCUAUUCGUAUGAAUGGAAAAGUAUUUGGUAUAUUCUUAGAUAUACUCAGAGAGGAAGAUACUCUAAGAACUAUUGCACUAGCUGAUGAGCUUAUACAAAAAUAUAAUAAUAGCUAGGUAUUUUGCUUUAGUAUUAUUACAAUUAUUCUUAUCGUUGUUGUUACUUUUUUGCUUAAUAUUGUUGAUUUUAUGGAAGCAAUUGCUUUUUUAAAAUUA